AUGGAGGAUUUGCUCUACACACACGUAUGGCAAUUCGUCAGUGAGGUCAACGGCGUUUUACGGAAACACCACGGCAAGGUGGUUGAAACGCUCCAAGUCAAAAUCAAUCUUGAACACAGCAUAUUGGCUCCUCAUAUCGACACUUGGGUAGGUUUCGCCGCCAUUUCAAGGACAAAGAACCUCGUUUUGGAUCUAAAGCCCGUAAGGUUUUUGGAACACGAUUAUCGAUACUUGUUUCCUUUCCAACUUUUCGACCGGGAAAGCAUAUCACGUCUACAGCACAUGCAGCUCAGCUUCGUAUCUUUGGAUCCACCUUCACAGUUCAAAGGCUUCCCAAAUCUAAGAAAGCUUCAUCUGCAGACAGUGCAAGUCAACAGGAAGGAUCUUGAGGAUGUCUUGUCUAAUUGCUGCAUACUUGAGUGGCUUUGCCUAGACAGAUGCCGUCUCGAUGAUGAACUGACAGUGGAUAGUCCACUACCCCGUCUACUCUACUUGAGAGUUGAAUUCUGCUUGACCAAGAUAAGAUUCAAUGCUGUGAAUCUUGCUACCUUUGAGUAUCAAGGACCCUUCAUACCUAUUGAUCUUGUCCAAUCUUUCAAGCUGCAAAGUGCAAAUAUUGAGUUCUUCAGAAAUGCAAUUUUUCAGCAUCGCAUGCUCAUAUCCCUUCUCAAUGGUCUUCCAAGUGUACAGAGCCUCACUUUGAAUGUUAGGUCUCAACAUGUUGACAAGAUUCUUUAUUCACUUUCAUUUCUGAGAGCGACGCCACUUAUUGAAAAAUUAGAGGUCCAUUUCGGUAUUCGCUGUUCUUCAUGGUUGGCAGAAGCGGGUCCAAGCAGGAGAGACCUUAGAAAGUAUAAAUAUGUCCACUUGAAGCAUAUAUGGAUCACAGGAUUCAGAGCGGCAAAAGGGCAACUUGAAUUUCUUUUACAUCUUAUUGAAAAUGCGCCUGCACUUGAGGUCCUUUUAGUAGAAAUAGGUGUCCGGCAGCCACCGCCCAAAGACAACGCGGGGUCCUCAAGGAACCCCCGUGAGGUACUGAGGGCUGGGCCGGGGUACAAGAACGUCAUCCCCACCGACCUGGUGGACGACACCUUGCUGACAGCCGAAAAUUUGAAGACCUUCAAGAGCACCUUCAAGGAACUAUACGAUUUCUCCAUGGUAAGACUUGAGUGA